UCGUAGUUAAGAUGCCAAUAUAGUUUCUGAGCAUUUAAUGUCUCAGUUUCCAGGUUUCAUAUUGAUAUAGCCAUAAAUAUAUCAUUAACUUGUUUUGAUACCCUCACGUUGAUUGCCUUCUUUUGGUCUUUGACACUUUAAUACUUGAAAUGCGGCCCUGCAAUGAGUCCCAAUUACUGCAAUUUCCAAUUUUCACCUCGGUUUUUCCGACAUCAAAGGCAUAUGGUUACUGAUUAGUGUUUUAGACAAUGUUUUCAUGCAUUAAUCACCAAUUUUUUCAGUUCAUUUUGUCUUUUCCACAGGUUGAACCUGAUGGCAGGUUUUGAUCCUUCAAGUAAAUGAUAAAACAAGCCGGAUAUGGCAUCCAAAAAGCCGCAGAGUGGAGUGGAUGACAAACAUUGUGAAGUUAAACACACAUCUAAGACAACCCUCAUGGAAACCGAUAUUCCUUAUUUGAUUUCAGCCACACCUUGAUCCAAACCAUUCCACCAUUGUUUUACUCACAAAUAGAGGCAUUAUCUAAAACCAAUUUCAAAAACCAAGAAAACAAAAACAAACAAGAAAACACAGGUUGUAAAGUUUAAAAACUAAAACUCCAAUCCUUAGCCACCAACUACAUAGUUCAACGCAGAAGGUUAUGAGUUAGCCAAGGAACAAUGCAUGGUGUUCUGUGCAGAAUCAGCCCAAGACUAGGGCCACAUUUAAACCAAAGGUGGCGCCAACACUAUCUCAAGCACACUCACUGGUCAGAUGGGUAUCCCGAAACCACCUUUCUCCGGCCACUUGUCAGCCAACCCACCACCCCAUUGGCAAUCUCUCGUUACUUGACUCUCGUUGUUUCUCUUCUCUCUCUCUAUUUGCAGUUUCAUGGUCUUUUUCUCUCUCCACAACCGAUCCCUCUGCACCACUUGACGCGUUUCUCACGCUUUUUUCACACCUGGACUCACCCUAAUGGAAGCAUCUUACAGCCCCAUGACCUUAUUGAGCCACACUUUGUUCUUACUCAAAACAGAAAAGAAGAACACACACAAAGUAGUGCACUCUCAUCAACCUUCUUCUCUGAUCGUAACCAGCACUGCAAUCCCCUAGACUCAUCAUCAUCACAUUGCACCUUCGUCCUAAUGGAGAAUUCUUACAUUCCCUUUUUCUCCACCACAGCCACCUCCAGCACCACCCCAAUCACCACCACAACAACCAUCCAUUCCUCCUCAAACAUGGAUUGGUCUCAGAAUUCGGACUUCUCCAUGUUUGAACCAAUGAACUCUCAGUUUCAACAUCCAUCACAGCUUUUGUCACCUAACCAGAGCCUGCAAUUCCCAUACAACCGUUCCAUAGAGCAGGCUCCUGUGUAUCCUUUCUUUACGGGGCAAAAGGGGUUUGAAUUUGGGGUACGUAAGGAACAAGAGAGAAGAACUAAUGAUCCUUAUAGAACAAAGCUUGCAAGGAUUAACAGAAAGUUGGCACGGCAAAGAAGCCUCCAAAGAAAUGCUAAUUCAGGGGCUUCAACACAGGUAGAUGCAAGGAGACUGAUAAACUCUGGUGCUGACACUGAUACAAAUAAAAACAAGGAUAACAAAAAGGAUCAAUACAGGUUUUGCACACCAGAUAACCAGAGACUAAGGGUGGUGCUAAAGAAAGAGCUGAAGAACAGUGAUGUUGGGUCCCUUGGGAGAAUAGUUCUUCCAAAGAGAGACGCAGAGGUAAACCUUCCACCACUAUCUGAUAAAGAAGGCAUCCAAGUUAUGAUCAAGGAUGUAUACUCUAACCAUAUGUGGACCCUCAAAUACAAGUUCUGGUCCAAUAAUAAGAGCAGAAUGUAUGUGCUGGAAAACACUGGGGAUUUUGUAAAGCAAAAUGGACUAGGAACUGGAGAUUCCCUUACACUUUAUGAGGAUGAAAGCAAGAACCUUUAUUUUUCUAUAACAAAGGUGGCAACGGUUGCUGUCGAGUCUUCAAGCAAUCAACAAUACUAUCAUAACGUAAACAAUAAUGGCGAAGAAGGCAACGACAACAGCAACAACAUUGGCAAUAUGUAUUUGCCAUUUACAUCCCAGUCUAAAGAUGAUGAAGCAACAUCUUUAGAGUUAUUUAUGGAGCAACAAGAACCUAAUGAUUUAAUCAUGACUUUGCCUAUGGAUUCUACUUAUGGUUCACAUACGAUGUUCCCAGAGGAAACCAGACAUUUACCUAACAACGUUGGUCAAACGCCAUCGUUGUCGAGAAGUGUCGAUGAUAUUUCUAUCAACUUUGACGACUGCUAUGGGGGUCUUGAUAUGUUACCUGAGGUAAAUCAAUACAAUUUUUCAUUUUGAUAUGGAAGCAUAUCAGUGGUAGGAUUCAUGGGCUCAUCACAACAGUUUAGAAUCAAAAUAAUAAAUUGGUUCUUGUUUUUUCCUUUAUAGAUAACAUAUAUGAAAGGUGUAUAUAUAUAUAUAUAUAUUUGAAAAUUUUCUCUUUUAUUAGAGUUCAAUGUUUAUUUUCUCCUUCAAUGUAAAUGAUUCCCAAUUGGGGUGGAA